AUGAUCUCAGGAAAGGAUUUCUAUGAUGUUUUAGCUGCCAUGGUCCCUCUCUAUGUGGCCAUGAUGUUGGCUUAUGGAUCAGUGAGGUGGUGGAAAAUAUUUACUCCUGAUCAAUGCUCCGGCAUAAACCGCUUCGUGGCAGUUUUUGCAGUGCCUCUUCUCUCUUUCCAUUUCAUCUCAACAAAUGAUCCAUACUCCAUGAAUUAUAGGUUCAUAGCAGCUGAUACCCUUCAGAAAGUAGUGAUCUUGAUUGCUUUGGGAGCAUGGGUGAACCUAGCAAAAAACGGAAGCUUAGAGUGGAUGAUCACCUUAUUUUCUCUCUCUUCACUACCCAACACUCUGGUCAUGGGGAUCCCUCUCUUGAAGGCCAUGUAUGGGGAGUUUUCAGGAGCCCUCAUGGUGCAGGUGGUGGUGCUCCAAAGUGUGAUUUGGUACACCCUCAUGCUCUUCAUGUUUGAAUACAGAGGAGCAAAGGUCCUUAUAACUGAACAGUUCCCUGAUACAGCACAGUCCAUAACCUCUUUCAAGGUGGAAUCAGACAUUCUCUCUCUAGAUGGAAGAGAGCCUCUCCUAGCUGACGCAGAGAUAGGGCAAGAUGGAAAACUUCAUGUGGUGGUGAGAAAAUCUCUCUCCUCAAGGUCUCAAAUCUCAUCCUACAAAUCACAGUGCCUCAACUCUGCAACCUCAGUCACACCAAGGACCUCAAACCUCACAGGUGUGGAGAUUUACUCUUUGCAGUCCUCAAGAGAGCCCACACCGAGGGGAUCAAGCUUUAACCACACUGAUUUCUAUGCCAUGUUCAGUAAGUUGCCGGCGGGUGGCGGCCAAGCGAAUUACGGGGAGGUGUACUCGCUGAAUUCGUCAAGGGGGCCGACGCCGAGGACUUCGAAUUUUGAUGAGGAGGUCAGCACGAGGUUGGGGCGGAUGAGGUCGCAGGACAUGAAGGAUGGGAAGAGUAAGAGUGGUGAGUUCGGGUACCCGGCUCCGAACCCAUUGCUGUUGAAGUCUCCUAAUGGGGAUAACAAGAGGAGGUGCAGUGAGGUGGGGGCUAAGGAGCUGCAUAUGUAUGUCUGGAGCUCAAGUGCUUCUCCAGGUUCAGAGGCUCAUGUCCAUGGGUCAGUGGCGAGAGGGGGGUCUCAUGAUUUCGGAGGGGCCAUGGGGUUGGAUUCUAAGGGGGUUAAUGGCUUUACACAGUCCCCAAGGACUGGUUACAAAGGCAUGCAGGAUCAGGGUGAAAACUACAGCCCAAACAGGAAAAUUGCACCAGAUGGCGAUAGCUUCGUGCCAAGAGACCCCCUAGAGAUACAAAGCGGGUGCAUUAGCCCUAAUAAGUUAUCAGCCGUUGCCUCUCCUUUUGCCCAAAAGACCCCCGAUUUUAAUGGCACGACAAAAACCCGCAUUAGUGCCAAUAAUAAUGCCCAAAUGCCCCCUGCUAGUGUCAUGACAAGGCUCAUACUUAUCAUGGUGUGGAGAAAACUCAUUAGGAAUCCAAACACUUAUUCUAGCCUCUUUGGGCUAGCUUGGUCUCUUGUUUCUUUCAGGUGGCAAAUUCAAAUGCCCACGAUUGUGCAUGGAUCUAUAGCAAUUCUCUCUGAUGCAGGGCUUGGAAUGGCCAUGUUCAGCUUAGGUCUAUUCAUGGCUUUGCAGCCUAAGAUUAUAGCCUGUGGAACAUCAGUUGCUGGCUACUCCAUGGCAGUUAGAUUCUUGGUGGGGCCCGCUGUCAUGGCAGCUACUUCCUCAGCUAUAGGGCUUCGAGGGGUCCUCCUCCAUGUGGCUAUUGUUCAGGCAGCUCUUCCACAAGGGAUCGUUCCUUUUGUUUUCGCUAAGGAGUACAGUGUUCAUGCUGAUGUUCUUAGUACUGCGGUCAUCUUUGGCAUGCUCAUUGCCUUGCCCAUUACGCUUCUAUACUAUGUUCUUCUUGGAUUCUAGUGAGAGGAGGAGAGAGAGAAAACAGCUCUCAAUCUGGGGUAUAAGUUACUACAAAAACACUGUAUAAAAACGGAAAUGUAGGAGAUUCUUUUACAUUUUAAUGGUGUUUCAAGUUAC